UAUUUUCUCACCUCUUACUCGCUCCCACUCCUCUCUUGCAGCGGCUGCGCCCCCACCUGUUUCUCCUCUGCUUCCGCCAGCUUGUUGCAGUCGCCCCCUGCCUUCCACCUCAGUGUGAGGCUUAGCUACGACCACCAAUCCCAACUCUAACCCGUCAAAUCGUGCGAUUUCGAGCAAUGGCUUGUUGUGAUGGAUAAGCCUGGGGAAGGUGAAGCUGAUCCCACCAUAACUACAUCGAAACCCUGACUGAGGUUGUUGGAAGGUGAAUUUUUAAUUUUGUUAUCCUUUGAGGUUUUGGGAUGCAAGGCACACAUACUAUGGAAAGGAAGGAAAAUUGGGGACUCUUUGUAUUGGGUCAAUGAAAUUCUGCAGACUUUCUGUUUCUCUGAAGUUUCAUUGGAGGUUUUCCUGCAGAAACUGUUGUUCUUUAACCCAAAUAAUGAGUUUUUCCACUUCUGCAACUGAAACUCUUGAAUCUGAGUCCACAGAGUUGGUAUACUCUGAAUUGCAACACAAAAUGCAAGGAUAUGCUGCUUCAGGAUGUAUCAAGAAAGCGUUUGAGGUAUUGUAUGCAAUGAGGUGUGUGUCUGGAAAGCCAACUGUUCAUGAUUAUAAUUCAUUGCUUUAUUUCCAUAUGAAGUCCAAAGUUGUGGUGAUAGAUGAGUUAGGAGAGAUAUAUUUGGGGAUGAAGAGGUUUGGGCCAUCCCCUAAUGCAAUAACAUUUAAUACUAUGUUGAAUGGGAUGGUUUCAUUAGGGAGGUUGAGGGAUGGGAUUCUGAUAGCCAAGGAGAUGUUCGAAAGUGGUUUCUUACCAUCAUUUACUGCUUUGUCAAAAUUGUUGAAGAAAUCAUUUAUUUUGGGGAGCUUGGAGGAUACAUUAAGUUUAUUUGUGUUGAUGUUGAGGCUGGGAUAUGUUCCAACUGAACCAAGUUUGAGGAAGUUAAUUCUUGCUCUUUGUAAAGUUGGAAGGGUUCCUGAAGCAUAUCAAGUUCUAUCUGUUCUUAUAAGCAAGGAUUGUUUUCAAAGUGUACACUGCUUUAAUCCUCUACUGUGGGCAUUGUGCAAGUCCAAUUAUUGCUAUAAUGCAUUAGCCUUUCUCUGUUUUUUGAAAAAGAAAGGUUUUGAAUGUGAUGUUUCCUCGUAUACUGCUUUAGUUUAUGGGUUUUGUAGGAAAAAGGCAUGGAACGAAGUGUUUCAUUGUUUAGAUGAGAUGGAAUCUGAUGGGUGUGAGCCUAAUGUGAUAACAUAUACUAUAAUUAUUAAGUUUCUUUCUGAUGAUGGGAAUCUGGAUGAGUCAUUAAACCUAUUGAAGGAGAUGGAAAAUAAGGGAUGUAGCCCAGAUUUGGUUACAUAUAAUGUCAUUCUCCGGGCACUUUGUCAUCAGGGUAGGUUUGAUGAGCUUGGUGAGCUUGCCCAAGUUAUUGAUCAAAAGGGAUUUACACCUGACCAGCAUACUUAUGCUGCUCUAGCAGUAGCCUUGUUGAAAAGUGGAAGACCAAGUAUUGCUGAAAGUCUCAUUCAUCCAAUUAUUUCAAGUUGCUGCUUCGUGGAUGUUGUGAUUUAUAAUAUAUACUUCAAUAUUUUGUGUAGUGAUAAUAGAACAAAAGAAGCACUGUCUACAUUGGAAAGCAUGAUGGAAAUAGGAUUUAAACCAACUACAGUCUCCUAUAACACAAUCUUGAAAGGAAUAUGCAAAGAGAAAUGCGUUCAUGAAGCUAUGAAAUUUUUUAACCAGAUCAUCUGGCCCACAAGUAAGCCCGAUUUGAUUUCCUUCAAUACACUGUUGUCUGCUGCAUGUAAACAAGGAGAUUCAUCAAUAAUACAAAGGAUCCUAUACAGAAUGGAAUAUGAGGGUUUUGAACUUGACAUUUUAAGUUCAACUUUGAUUUUGUAUUUUUGCAUGGUUCGAAAGACUGCAGCAUGUUAGAACUUUUGGACUACAUAAUUGCUAAUUGUUCUCAAAUUAAUAUAGUGACGUGCAAUGCUCUCAUAAGCAGCCUUUGCAAAUUGCAAGAACAGAUUAGUUGGAAAAGCAUAUACCUUAUACAGAUACUUCAGAAGUUCUGGGAUUUCACCAGAGGCCACGACAUAUAAUAUCCUUAUAUGUGCUUCCAUAUGACCAUAAAAGAAUGUAUUCUGGCAGAUCAGUUGUUAAGGGAUAUGCACCAGCAAAGAUUGGGGCCUGAUAUUUUCAUGUGUGGUUUGAUUUAUAGAUUUUGUAAAGAAGGAAAGUUGACUUCUGACCUCCAGUUAAGGUAUCAUAUGCUUGAGAAUGGCAUCAACCAGAAUGAUUAUGUUAAUGGUACCAAACUGGAGGCAACACUCAGGAUCUGAAAGAUUUCUGAAAUUAAAUAUAUUGUUGAAAGUUGUGGCAGUGGAGGGAUGAAAGCUUUGAGAUUUUGAAGAAUGUAACAUUGAGUCAAAUUAUUGUAGCUCUUGUUGUUUUGUCAUUAUCAAGGCAUAAGCACCCAUGCCUCCAUUGUUUGGUUGGAUUGUGGGUUAUGCAUUUGGAGGUGUAGCUAUCUUUCCUCCUCUUUAUUGGUGCUAUCAGUACAGAUAUCAGAGUUCUGAAGAAGAUUCUUAGCAGCAAUAGAAUUCUUCCCCAAGUGGCCUUUCAACUGGACGUCCUUCGAGUUCCAAUACUUCUUUGGAUGGUGAAGGUCAAAGAACAACUGGUACAUCCUCUAGAUGGGGUCUGAGUGGUUGAUUACCAAAUGCAAGGUUAUGAAGAGCAGUUGACCCAAAAGCAGCUGACCUGGAGAAUGAGAAUUUGAGGAGGGUAGGUAGCACACAUCCUAUCUCAAAAAUGAGUCGAACUAUAUUCUCAUUCCAGUCAAAAGGGGUUGGCAGCAAAAGAGUAUGAUUGUUUGAAAAGCACAAGUAAUAGCUUAAAUGCACAGAUGGCUAGAGUAGUGAAGGAAGAGGUACAAGGUUGCAAAAUGGUUCUGGCAGCAGUGUUGGAGAACCUACACCAUUUCUUGGACAGGACUAUAGGAGCAUUCCAUGAGUGAUUCGACUCACAAACUCCAUUUUAUCUGUGUCAUCUUAAAAAAUUGCAGUCAGUGCAAAAUGCCGUUGAGUAUUCCUGCCUGUGAAAGAUAAGACACAAGAUUCUAAUCCUACACAAGGAUGAUUGCAGUGAAGUGGGAUUUGGAUUUCUGCCAGGUCUUGACACAGAUGGAAUGCCUCAGCAAUUAGAACCUCGGCAUGGCUUCACCAUUGGCCUCUACUAAACAGGUAACAAAUAAUGUAGCCAACAUCAGUUUGUUAGGGGGUGAAGUUUGUGAUAUCAAUAGUCGGUUUAAAGUUUGUUUCCAUUAUGCUGGCCCAUAAAAGACGAAAUUCCCGUGCGCAUCAUGGUGGUUCAGCAGUCUAUUAGGUGGGAGGACCAGUGUCUUGCUCCUACAAGGAGCUCACUACAUUAGGUGUGACUCCUACAUUGUGGCUACCAAGACUUAAUCUUGUGUUUUUGUCCAUAAUCUCUGAUUCCAUUAUCCUAUUCAAUGUAGACAGUGCUUUUUACCAUUAUAAGUACACAAAACAUUGAAGUAUAUAUUAUAAAUUACAUCUACAAAGCUAAAUAAUUUAAUGAAUAGCCUUCACCA